GGGCGGCUGACUGCGCUGCGCGGUCACCUCCCACAUCGAGAUGCACUCCUGCGUUUAACUUUGUUAUCGGCUGUCUUUCAUAGUGCAUGUAACGAACAAUCCGUAUUUUGUUGCAGUUAUCUUAUCUUUUCACGUGUUCCCGGUGGACCCCCCACACUAUUCUCCGUUUUUCCCGACAACAAGCUCAGUACAUUCGCAGACGAGUGCCAGCGAACGUCAUUCGUUCUUCGAGUGGACAACGCAGCCAGGGUGGAGAUUUACGAGUCAUCGAGCUUCCGGCGUGGUGGUGACGCUUCCUCCAGACAGGAAUCUUCUCCUGCAAAGUCGGUUGGGAAGACCUGAUCCUUGCUGGCGCAAGGAAACUUCAGAUUACCACUCACCAGUUUCUGAUAACGGCACCUCACGAAGCCGGGUUUUCGCGGAAAAUCGUAUUCAUGUCUAGUUCAGUCUGUCAAUUUUGAAAUUUUCACCGUUGCGGUUUGGAAAGUAAGACAACCUUAGCUCGUCUUGCUGCCUUAUUAGCACUAGCACAACACAAUUGGCCCUCCGAAAGUAGAAAGAAACACUAUAUUUGCACGUUGUUAAAAAUGGCCGAUGCAGUCAUUAAUGAGGGCCACACCCAGGAUACUGAUCUCAAGGAGUUUUUGCGGAAAGGACUCCAAAGGCUUGGACCCGUCGACAAAGUGAACCCUGCCGGCGUGACCGAUGAGAGCAUACAACAAGGAGCCGACCUCGAAUACACCGAGAAGCUUUCAGACAAGGAUGCUGGCCUGCUCCGACGGUUGUUGAGCUCAGGAACUCCCGUGAGGAAGCUGUGUAUGUUCGAAAUAUCGCACGGCGCAUUCAAGGUUGCUUUCCACAACCUCGAAGAAUGUCCUUCGCUGCAAGAAGUCCUCCUUCUUCAUGUUGACUGCGAAGACAAAGACUUAGACAUACAUCUUUGUGGUGCAUUUAGAGGUCUGCGCUCGUUGGACUUGCGCUGCGACAACACAGGGAGUGGAUUCGCGAAGGAGAUCGCACGCUAUAUCCACGAGAACAAGUCGCUCAGAGAACUGAGCCUCUGGAACUCGUGCGGCGGCGACGAAGGUGCCGCAGCACUCAUCGAAGUGUUAACGGUGAACGAAACCCUCAAGAGGUUCACCUUAGCUGCGAUGGAGCUAUCUCCGGACACCUUGAUCGGCUUCGUCAAGAUGCUAGCAUCCAACUCGACGUUGGAGCUCGUGGACCUUUUCGACGUGUGUCCCGCGGACAAGGACCUAGUGUCGCGCUUGUUGGAGACGGAACUGUACGCGAGCGCCUUCAAGAGGCUUCGCAUCCUGUGGCCCGAGCAACUUCUUCCGCAGGUCACGACGCUUCUUCGUCAACAAGCGUGCAGUACAGAGCUGUCCGUCAGCGUCACUUCCUCGGUCGACGAAGUCGUUCUUCGGGAAUUCUUCGAUGCCGUGGCAGCAGACACGACGCUUCGCACGCUACACUUUUACCCGAGCGAGGACGUAUUCGAUGCGCUCGCGGACGGCAUCGCUUCCGUAGUGAAGCGUACGAAGACACUCCGGGAAAUCUGCAACCUCAUGCGCGUGCAAGAAGGAAAAGAGUGCCAGCUUGUCAACGUCCUGAAUGCAUUGAAAGAAAAUCGUUCCGUUACGAAUUUCACAAUGUACGCCGAAUUGCUGACGGCCGAAGUAGCGGCGUCGCUGUCUGAGUUACUCGCUGUGAACAAUACAUUGAAUGACGUGGCCAUCUGCGACUACUGGGGAAUCUUGCCCGACCAGGUAGAAACCAUCCUGCAGGGUUUGAGGAAUAACUACACCUUGACAGGUCUCAUGAUUUCGUGGGACCCUGAUGACUCCGACGGAAUCAGCGAGAUGGAAGAGCUUUUGAAGAGGAACGUUCGUCUUCAAAAGAAGGCGGUGGAGUUCGUGAUUUCGGGGAGCCGUGACGUCAGUGACGUGGAAGGAGCGGAUGCUUUGAAGAAGCUGCACUCAAGCGCUGGCCUUGUAGAGAAGGUACGGGAGCUUACCGGCAAGACCAGAGAGGCAGCGAUAGAAGAAAUACAGUCUGCUUUAGCUCGCUUAUCUGCGUGAAUGCGGCUCCUGCAAGAAGGCAUAUUCGAAUGCAUCUGUGAUAUCGCCGCCUGCCUGCUACUUUAUAUAGCUGAUGCGCUUUUACAAAAUAGGUGACAGUGGGGAUGAAAUACGUGUGUAGUUCUGUAGGUCGAGUGGGCCUCAUGUGAAAAGUAUAAGUGUCCACAUGAAUGUUUUACUGUAUAUGUUACAGAAUAUGCGUGUACUAUUUCUUUGUGCAUGAUUGACCUAACACUUUAUUUUAAAUAGUACUCUAUGAUGUGCGAAUGAAUGAAUAAACUAUGUUAAUAAAAGUGAA